UUUCACACAGUACACACACUACACACAUUUCACACACAGCACACACACACAGCACUCACACACACAUACAAUUGGUGGGGGGGGGGGUGUUUGACCAUACUUCACCACGCCGGUCAACGCGGGUUGCCAUCGGGACCAAGAGAACCGCCUCCUCCCACGACGUUGUGAGAGGCGCCUUGUCUCAACAGCGAUGUCUUUAGAACCCAAGUUAAAUGUCCAACUCACCAUUGAAAAUCAAAAACCUGUACUGCGAAUACCGCUCACGACAAGACACCCCUUUCAUCAUGUACUGCAGUCAUGUUUAUUAACACAAAGCUAAACAUUCCUCAGUCUCAUGAAACAAAUAUACAACUUCUGAAUUCAAAACAUUUACAGAGGGUAACUGAAGCACAUAAACGAGUUGCAAAGUCGAUACACAAUGUACAUACUUCUCUAACAAUGAAUACUUAUACAGUACUAAUUAAACAGCGAUGUGCAUAUUUGUAGAUUGUAUUUGGUUUUCAGUUAAAUGUACCGCAUCACGCCUCUGGCUGGAUGUCUAAAGGACGUUUCAUGCAAGAACCCAUUCAGAUGGAAGUGUGAUUGUAUUCUGGUAAUUAAGGUGAAUCUACGUAUGGAUGUAUCUAGUUUACGAUGAUACAACAUCACUCCACUAGACGUCCUUGCUUAGCCGAUCUGCCACAAAGGGCGGAGCAUUUAUUGUUAGGAAUGAAAAAUUUGAACUAAGUAUUUUAUUUGUUUUAAAGACGGGUUUUGUCACAAACAAAAUCUCACUGCUUCGAAGUAGAACAGGCGGAAGGGAGACCUCAUAGCCACGGACACACGGAAGUCACGGCGCCAGCGAUGUCUUAUUGGUGGAGGUGUGGACCUAUGGGGGGGUGGAGGAGGAGGGGUUCUGGGUGAGAUAGCCACGCCCCCUCUCCCCACACUUUAUAAACACCGACGACGCUGCUGCAGCCGCCAUCUUUGCCGGGUAUUGGAGGCGACCUCACGGCCCUGCUCCUCCUCCUCCCCAGCAGCAGCAUCACAGCUGAGAGGAGCAGACAGAGCCGACCAUGAAGCAGGUCAUCAUCCCACUGUUCAUCUCCCUUCUGGAUGCGGCAUCGGCUGCGAUGCUCCAGAUCACUCUUCCGCAGAGUCUGUCUGUGAGGGAGGGAGAGAACGUGACUAUUCCCUGCUCCUUCUCCCCACCGACGUCCAGCCUGAGCCACAUCGUCCUCGAGUACUUCACGAUGCCUAGACGCUACGCAGAGAACGUGACCAGAAGAGAGAUGAAGAAGAUCUAUCAAUCGGGGUAUGAAAAAGAGGACUUGAGUAUCGUGAAGUCUGUGGGAGACGUGCUGAUGGGAGACUGCUCCAUCGGCAUCCCCAACUUCCCCAAUAACCUCGGCCCCGUGGUUCUGUGCUGCAUCGACUGUCGCCGAUGUAACGCGGAGAACACCGUGGUGCAAGGGGAGGUGCUGCUGAACGUGACGCCUGCAGCCCCACAUUCACACGGUGGGGACGUGAGUGACGUCACCCUCGCCCCUCUAGAGGAGACCUCGCACAAGGGAGGGGUGGUGGCUGCCUGGGUCCUGGUGCCUCUAGCUGUCAUUGUCAUCAUCAUCGUCUCCAUCUUCGUCUGGAAGAAGAAGAAUCACCGUCGGUGUUCAUGGCCCUGCCCCCACUCACGCAGUGACGGCGGCUGUAAAGACGUGCCUGGGGACGUGCGUAGGGACGUGAAAGGGCAGCCGCUGAUGAACGGACACGAAGAGAAACGACAACAAGUAUUCGAGACCGUGCCCGUUUAGUAAUGGUCAGGCAGCUCGAUGCCCCUUCUGAUUGGUUGGCACGUGGAGCGGGUCGCACACACAAAUUGCCCGUGUGCUCCGGGUUCCAAGUUUUACUUGAAACCUUAGACCGUGACUUUGCCACCUCUUGCCUUGACAACCGUAACUUUCUAGCGGAUAUCUCUCGUGUGUCUCCAACUCCAUCACCUCUCUAUCCUGGAUUUCUCAGAGUGUCCGUGAACAAAACCACGUGACCCCAAUCCUGAAAUUGCUCCACCAGGCCCCGAGUCUAUCUGGGGUGCACUUGAUAAUGGGCGCCACUGUGGCUAGGAGAUGUUAACUACCUAUCCUGGUAUGCAGGAGGUCGUGAGUUCGUGUGAUGGUGAACGCGCGAGCGCUGUGCGUGAGACGCAGAGUGAACGCGUGAUGGUAAAUGUGUCGUUAAACCUGCCACCACCCAACACAGCCAGUUAGUAAGGUUGGUGGCGGCUUUAACGACACAUGUUUACGCGAUCUAAUCCAAAAAAAACUGUGUUUUGGAUGACAUUGGUCAUGAUGGUCAACGUGUUAAACGGAGACUGAGACUCUACCCCGAUCUCGCGAGAUCUCUCUCUCACCUGGCUAAACAAAUCGAUUCUUAAUUUAUUAAAAUCGUAAUUACCAAUCGUGAUAAUGGUAGAAUCGCGAGGGGGGAUGGGUGGGGCCUGAUUGGCUGACACCCGUGUGUCGCUCUCAUUGGCUGAGCGACUUUGUGGGCGGCAACGUUUCCUCGGCCAAUGCUGCUGCUGCGUUCUCAUUCCGUUAAGCGCUUUGUAGAUUUUUAGAUUUUUAUCUCCAGUAAACAUUUCCUCUCCAGGCAUCCUACCGGUGGGUCGCACUCAGUGAGGUCUCUGCCUGUGGUGUGGAUUUGUUGAGAGCAGGGCCGGAUUAAAGUUCUUGUUAGGCCCUCGGCACUGCAGUUUCGUAGGCACUUUGAGUGAUAACUCUCUACAGAUGCUGCUGCUGCUGCCCCAUGUCACUCCACUCGCUUCACGCGUCGCUACUUCGUCCAGCCGCUGGACAGAUGUCGUUACUGCUGAUAGGUUCACGAUAUAGUCUGUGCCCUCAUUCGAUGGGAGGGUGCGGAAGUAUGCCGCAGAUAAACGGAUUUCAUUCUAAAUUAUUGAAACAAUUCAAACAAGGUUUUCCUAAAAAUAUUAUAAGCAAACGUGUUUUUUACGCAAUUUUUUACUGCGAUUACAUCGGAUGACGCAGAUUCAAAAGUAUGCCGUUCAUAUUAAACGAUAACAAAAAA